UCAACAUUAUUCAAAACUAACAAAUGCAGAAACUUGAGCACAUUUCAUACAUAAUCACUUUCAUAUUUCUCCUCUUCUCCCAUUCAAAGGGAUCAAACCCAUCUUCAGAGCAACAAUUCAUGAAAUGGGUCGAGUUUAUAGGUAGACUAAACCACUCUGUUUUCAAACCAGCCAAAAUCAAACUAUUUCAAUCUUACACACUCACCGUCGACAAGAAUCCAGAUGCCGGAGACUUCACUUCAAUCCAAGACGCCAUUGAUUCACUCCCCAUCGUUAAUCUUCUCCCUGUGAUCAUCAGAAUCAACGCUGGCGUUUAUCAGGAGAAGGUUAAUAUUCCUUCAAUGAAAGAAUUCAUAACCAUACAAGGAGAAGGAGCAGAUCAAACAAUCAUUGAAUGGGGAGACACAGCUCAAACACUUGGACCAAAAGGACAACCUUUAUCAACUUAUGGGUCUGCAACAUUUGCUGUUAAUUCUCCAUAUUUCAUAGCCAAAAACAUCACAUUCAAGAACACAACACCAGUUCCAGAAUCAGGUGCGAUAGGAAAACAAGCAGUGGCAUUUAGAAUAUCAGCAGAUAAUGCAGCAUUUUGGGGAUGUAAAUUCUUGGGUGCACAAGAUACCCUUUAUGAUCAAAUUGGAAGACAUUACUACAAGAAUUGUUACAUAGAAGGAUCAGUGGAUUUCAUAUUUGGAAAUGGUCUGUCUUUAUUUGAAGAUUGUCAUGUUCAUGCAAUAGCAGGAUUAACAGGAGCUGUUACAGCACAAGGAAGAAACAACAUGUUGGAAGAUACAGGGUUUUCAUUUGUGAAUUGUAAGGUUACUGGUUCAGGUGCAAUUUAUCUUGGUAGAGCUUGGGGUCUGUUUUCAAGAGUUGUGUUUGCAUAUACUUAUAUGGAUGAUAUUAUUAUACCUAAAGGAUGGUAUAACUGGGGUGAUCCUACAAGAGAAAUGACUGUGUUUUAUGGACAGUAUAAAUGUACAGGUGCAGGGGCUAACUUUGCAGGGAGGGUUUCAUGGUCGAAAGAACUUACUGAUGAAGAAGCUAAACCUUUUCUGUCUCUUGGAUUUAUUGAUGGGUCUGAAUGGAUCAAUAUUUGAUUUUCAUUGUUUUUUAUUAACAUGAAAAUCUAACAUUAGUUAUUGAUGGAUUAGAGAUUUAAAAAAGGAUUCAAAAAUUUGUAAGUGAAAUUUGAAGUAAAUUAAACAUCACUCAA